AUGUACAAAUCCUCACUUUUAGGAUGCUUCGCGCUCCUGUUCCCUGCCUUGAUCUCUGGCGCCCCUUCAUUUGCUGGCCUGGGCACGGUCGAGAAGCGUCAAGACUGCGUCUUUGACUCGGCUCUCAACCCCUCCUGCUGGGAUGGCACCCACGAUCUCUCAACCAACUGGUACGAGGAGGCUCCCCACACCGGAGUAGUCCGCGAGUACUGGUUCGAUGUCACCAACUCCACCAUGGCUCCUGACGGCGUCGAACGCAUGGUGCUGUCCAUCAAUGGAACUGUCCCUGGACCUACCAUCAUUGCUGAUUGGGGUGACACCGUUGUGGUCCACGUCAAGAACUCACUCCAGAACAACGGCACCAGCAUUCAUUUCCACGGUAUCCGCCAGAACUACACUAACGAGGCCGACGGUGUUGCCUCCAUCACCCAGUGCCCCAAUGCUCCCGGCGACUCCAUCACUUACACCUUCCACGCUUCCCAGUACGGCACGUCCUGGUACCAUAGUCACUUUGCUCUCCAAGCCUGGAACGGUGUCUUUGGCGGAAUGAUCGUCCAUGGUCCCGCCUCAGCCCCCUAUGAUGAAGACCUCGGCACAAUCGUCCUGAGCGACUGGUUUCACCGCACCACCGACGAGCUCUAUAACGAGGCCGCCACCGCCGGCGCGCCCGGCGCGCAGACAGGCCUGAUCAACGGUACAGGAAUGUACAACGGCGGCGGCUCCCGCUUCAACACAGCCUUCGAGGCCGGCAAGUCCUACCGCAUGCGCCUCGUCAACGCCGCCAUCGACACCCACUGGAAGUUUAUGAUUGACAACCACACCCUCGAGAUCAUCGCGGCCGACUUUGUCCCUAUCAACCCCUACAACGCUACCGCCGUCUCUAUUGGCAUUGGCCAGCGCUAUGACGUCAUCGUCCGCGCGGACCAGGCUUCCAGCGACUACUGGCUCCGCGCCAUCCCCCAGCUCACCUGUAGCGCAAACGAGAACACGCUCGACAUCAAGGGCAUCGUCCGCUACGACUCGUCUUCUACCGCCGACCCCACGAGCGAGGCGCACACCUACGAGGACGACUGUCUCGACGAGAGCAUGUCCACCCUCGUGCCCGUUGUCGCUCUCGAGGCCGGCCAGCAGACCUACGACGACACCCUCACCAUCGGUCUCCAGACCAUCAGCAGCCAGUUUAAAUGGACUCUGAACAACAAUACCUUCCUCUCCGACUGGGACUACCCUACCGUCGAACAGGUACUGGAGGGCAACGACACCUACUCCGUCCAGCAGAACAUUGUCCACCUCGACCAGGCCAACGUCUGGGUCCACUUCAUCAUCCAGAACCCCAUCGGCCUCGCCCACCCCAUCCACCUCCACGGCCACGACUUCUGGGUCCUCGCCCAGGGCACGGGCACCUACGACUCCUCCAUCGCGCUGCAGACCGUCAACGCGCCCCGCCGCGACGUCGCCAUGCUCCCCGGCUCCGGCUACCUCGUCAUGGGCUUCUACACUGACAACCCGGGCGUCUGGCUGAUGCACUGCCACAUUGGCUGGCACACUUCCCUCGGCUUCGCGCUCCAGCUCAUCGAGCGUCCCAACGAGAUCGCAGCCAUCACCAAUGCCGACACCCUCAACAACACCUGCGCCAACUGGAGAACCUAUGCUGAGGCAGAAUCCGUUCACCAGGAGGACUCUGGUGUCUAA